GUCCCGGCUGCAGUUUUUGCCAUGGUUUGGAUAUUGUGAUGCCACGCGAUGGUUUAGCGGCGUUGAAGAUCUCGAAUUUCCCCCGAUAGAAGCAGGGGAGCAAAAGUUGAAGCAGUUUCAGUUUUUCGCUGAUCGGAGCAAGACGAAGAGGUCAAAAAGACGUGACCCACAAGUAGGAUGAGCUUAAGUGCCACCUCUUGUCAGAUCAAAGAUCCCGCUUGUCAGAUGAAAGAUCCAACAGAUCAGAUGAAAGAUGCCUUCAGCUUGGUCGCCAGUGACAUGUGUCGCUGCGAAGAACAUGUAAGCUCCUGAGAAAUCCACACUCCCAAACGAAU